AUGCUUUUAGAUGAAAUUAGCCGAAGUCUUUUGAGCAAGGUUUUCCGAAAACUCGAAAGAAGUCUCGUCAAUAUAAACAUCUAUAAUCGACAUUCUCGUGAUCGAACUCGUGUCUAUCAUGGCGUUUUAUCUACAUGGCUAUAUAUAAUUUUAUUGUUACUUUCCGUAUUGAUGUUAGUUUUAUUUUCUAACUUAUCGAAUCAAACAAUCAACGAAACAUUUUCCAACCCAACGUUCAAACAAUAUACCAAAUUGUACGAGACAUAUUCGACAAAAUUGAUUUGUCCGUGUUCUCAACUUUUGAUACCGUAUAGAUCUUUUACAGAGUUUCAAGUGAGACUCCAUCAAAUAUGUUCAAGCGACUUUAUUCAGUCAUCAUGGUAUGAACGUCUUCCUCCGAUGAGUUUCUCACGAAGACAAAUUCAUUUUCUAUCAGUGGCUUCGUCAUAUUUUCAAACACUAGCAACAUUUUGUAACUUUGCAAAUGAAACGAUCAAUGGCGCAAGUCAACGCUUCUUGGCGACAAAUUUCGUUAAUAGACAUUUUCUAUCAAAUCAUUCAUUUGUUUUCACAAUGAAUUCACUAAUCAACCAAUUAAUUAUGUCAACACGAGCUGAUUUUCAUUAUAAAAUGUCUUUAACUACUGUUUCAAUGCAUAGUAAUUAUUAUGUUAGUAAUAUGAGAGUUAAUGCUGAUCUUCGUUUAGAAGUGCUAAGCAACAGCACUGGACACUAUGAAGUUAUUAUAGGUGUAUAUACACCACAUAUUUAUGAUAUGAAAGGUCAAAAUUGUUUUUGUACUCGUGAUUGGUCGUGUCCAGUGAAUUUCCAGAUAAAUUUACACAAUUGGUUGACUGACAUCGAUUGGCAACUCGAAGGAAUCUACGGUGGCUGUACUAUUAUCGAUUCUGUAUUUAAAUCAUCAAUGAUAUGCUUGUUUAAGAAAAGCUGCUUAACACGAUUACGAAUACUUGCAAAUAUGCUGGAAUUUGUCUCUGUGAAACCACUUGAUUCAGAAUUACCUAGUCGAUAUUCUUCUAAUACUUUGAUAGAAAAAAUCUUUGAUGAAAUGAUGGUUGAAGAUUGGAACUAUUCUUAUUCAUACGAACAAUUCUAUCAUAAGUGUCAGCCGAAAUCUUGUUCAGUUACUUAUGAAAGAAAAAUUAAUAUUAUUUAUAUAAUUACUUUCAUUGUUAGUCUUAUUGGUGGAAUUAAUAUUAUUCUUCGAAUGAUUUCUCCAAUUAUUAUCAAAAUUAUUUUAAAGCUUAUGGCUAAGGUGAAACGAAAUAGAAUAACACAAAUUCCAAUGAUACAGCAAGAAAAUCAUCAAAGUGAAACAAUUGGAGGUGGUCCUAUCAAACAAAUCAUUCAGAUAAAAGAUAAAUUAAUGAUAUUCAAUAUAUUCGAUAGUGAGUCGAAUGAUGCUGAGAUGAUUCAUCGCGAACGAACAGCAACACGAUUUUACUGCUUCAUCUUUUCAAUUUCUAUUUUCAUUAUAACCAUCCAUAUUGUUUAUUCAAACAUCACGGUAAUUAGAUCUAUUCCAAAACCUUCNGAAACAAUUGGAGGUGGUGCUAUCAAACAAAUCACUCAGAUUAAAGAUAAAUUAAUGAUGUUAAAUAUAUUCGAUAGUGGGUCAAAUGAUGCCGAGACUGUUCAUCGCGAACGAACAGCAACACGAUUUUACUGCUUCAUCUUUUCAAUUUCUAUUUUCAUUAUAACCAUCCAUAUUGUUUAUUCAAACAUCACGGUAAUUAGAUCUAUUCCAAAACCUUCGGAAGAUCAAUAUAAUGACAUUUUAAUAUCUCAUUCUGAUUCACUUGAUUGUCCGUGUUCGAAAGUAUCUAUUGAAUAUAGAUAUUUUAUGAAAAUAGAGACAAGAUUUCAUUCAAUAUGUGUAAGUCAUUUUAUUGGACAAGAAUGGCGCGAUUCUUUGCUGCAUCAUACGGUGUAUAUCAUGGAUCGACGUGAUAUUCGUAUACGAGGUAAUUCGUAUUUUUUGUUUAUUUCUUCUUUAUGUCAACUAUUUCAAACAACAAUACAUGAUGCAAUCGAUCAGUUUCUUCAUGAUACAUUCAUUAACAUUCGAUUAAUAUCGAGACCUGAUUUUGAGAUGCGAAUCGACAACAUUUUUUCACAAUUUCGAAAUACAACUUCAGCGAAAUUUUCUCGGAAUUUUAAACUUAUACGUGACAUAAUGAAUGGAAAUACUUUUGUAUCUGGUCAUUUAUUGAAUUGGGAAUGGUGGCGAGAUCUGACACGUACUUUUUAUACAAUUCCUACACGCCCGAUCAUAAUGGAUAAUGGAUGCUCUUGUGGAACACAAAGCGAUUGUACAGAACCAGGCGGAGUAUUUUACACAUAUUAUCGCAAUCCUCCGAUAAAAUUUUUCAUACCUGGAUGGAAUAUUGGAUGCUCAGUUGUUGAAACAGUGUUACAUUCAACAUUUGAAUGUUUUUACGAUCAAAACUGUACAGAUUCCUUAUUGCAUCAUCUUAAAGCAGCAUUCUAUGUUUCUCAUAUGCAUGCGUCGCCUAUCGAUUCUUCCAUUAACAGUCGUUUUAAGCGAAAUACAAUGAUUCAAGACAUCGCUGAUGAGUUGUUCGUGGAAGAAUGGAUGGUUAACAGGUCUUAUUCAUCAUUUUACAGUCAAUGCUCUCCAACAUCGUGUUCUUAUCANUACGAUCAAAACUGUACAGAUUCAUUAUUGUAUCAUCUUAAAGCAGCAUUCUAUGUUUCUCAUAUGUACGCGUCGCCUAUCGAUUCUUCCAUUAACAGUCGUUUUAAGCGAAAUACAAUGAUUCAAGACAUCGCUGAUGAGUUGUUCGUGGAAGAAUGGAUGGUUAACAGGUCUUAUUCAUCAUUUUACAGUCAAUGCUCUCCAACAUCGUGUUCUUAUCAGAUUCAAAGAGAUGAAUAUGUUAUUUACACAGUAUCGAAAAUUCUAGGUUUAUACGGAGGACUAACUAUUACCUUGAGAUUUAUUGUUCCGAUGAUAAUUCAAACUAUAUUUCAGAUUCAAAAUUGCUGUCAAACAAAUGUAGUUGUACCUAUUCGAUAA